CACGGUUAAUGCCACUGUGCAAGUCAAUAUGAAAAUCACAAACAAAGAGUUUGACUCAAGUAUGGAGGAUAACUCCUCUUUAGCAUUUAAACAGUUUGAGGAAGAAUUCAAAGCUCAGAUGAAGUCGAUAUACAGCAAUGUCAGUAAUUAUAAAGAUGUGAUAAUCCGCUCUUUGAGCAAGGGAAGUAUCGUUGUGGAUUAUGAAAUCAUCUUGGAAAUGGAGUAUAAUUUAGAAGUCGAUGUGAAUGAAAGCUAUGCAGAAAUUUUUAAAAUUGUGCAAGAAGAGUUACUCUCAAGAGCUACUCUCAAUUGUUCUGAUGAAAAUGGUAGUUUCUGCUUCCAGGAGCUGGAUAUUAAAGAAGUCCCAGUCCCAACUGCAAAAGAACUCUGCAUGGAAUUAAUUGAACCUGGUUAUAAGGAUUUUUUCACUGCAAAACUUACCCCCAAUGGGCUGUUUUGCAUUUCCCAUUGUGAAGAGGAAUCCGAGAAAUACUAUAACUGUAAUUCUGGUGACUGCAAAUUAGAGAAGACUGGCCCAGAGUGCUUCUGCCCAAAGACUGACAUAUACCUAUACACUACAUCGAGGUGCAAGGGGCGGAUUUUGAAGGCUGGUUUAUACGGAGGUGUUGGAGCCGGCAUGGCUGUGUUGGCCAUUAUUAUACUUACCGUAGGAAUACUCCUGUGCAAAUCCAAACAGCCAAGGAAGCGGGACCCCUUCUCUAAAGACCAAGAGGGAAAAUGGUAUGAAGAUGAUGAUGAAUGGGGUGUUUCACAAGGAUUUAAUAAGCCCGGAUCAGAACCGGGAGACAAUGAUAAUUACAAGAAUGGAAUGACCAAGUAUGAAAACUUCAGACCUGCUCUGGAAAAUGUUGACACCAGAAUUCCAGUCAAGAUACAGAGACCAACGGUUGCCAGAAGAUAAUGGACCCCGGGCUUACACGUAGGAAAGAAGGCAACACAGAAAAAACCUACAAACCCAGAUCCAAUCACCGAUUCAGGCAGCUACAAGCCCCCAGAAAUGGGGAGAUCGUGGUACUUAAUGGACUGUGCCCAAAUGUCCCUUUGUAAAUCCAACUUAAAAUGUGACUGAUUUCCUGUAAAGUGGCCAGUGAUUGUGCAGCAUUAAUGGUGCCUACAGCAUGUGAUCAAUGCACAGUUAUAGCUAAAAUCUUCUUUAUUCUCCUUAUAAUUGGUAGAACGUGAAAAUUUAGACACAGCAAAAGCUGGAGGUGGAGAUAUCAACCCAACUGGAGCUGGUUUGGUUAUGCCAGUAAACACACAGGGCAUAGAGUAUAGGCUGAACCCAAUAAUACAUAGUAACAUAAGUUAGGUUGAAAAAAGACACACGUCCAUCACGUUCAACCAUAAUGCCUAUAUAUAACCUGCCUAACUGCUAGUUGAUCCAGAGGAAGGCAAAAACCCCCAUCUGAAGCCUCUCUAAUUUGCCCCAGAGGGGAAAAAAUUCCUUCCUUCCUGAUAAUGUGCCUGAUUGUUCUGCAUCCGGUAUAUACAUUCAGGUGACUCUCAGAACAUUUGGGUGGGUUGGCAGCUCUGGCAAGGUCGGACUGGGAGGUGCAGGCCCCACCAGGGCUACUGCUUCAUGGGCCCCUGCACCCCCAAUGGGCCCCCACAGCUGCCUUCACACCGCCCCAGCAGGGGUCCCCACCACCUGUCCGACCUGCUCCUCCGAUCGCGCAUAAGUAAAACUUACCUUAAGCGUGUUGGGGAGGGAGACCGGCAGAUUGGGAGAGUGCCCUGUAGGGAUGGGGUGUGGGCCACCAGGGCUGGGGCCCACCGUGUUUUUUCCCCAUGCCCCAGCGGUAUAGUCCAACCCUGCCUUUUAUCUCCAGCCCAUGUCACUUUUCUUAACCUACUUCUGCACUUUUAAUUUGUACUUUUUUUAUACUAAACAAUAAAAAAUAACUAA